UCAUAGGAUUUUUCACAUUGUUGUGUGCUGGAAUACUUCAGAUAUUUAUUGACAGCGCAAUGAAAUUGUGACAAUUUUAUAGAAAAUAUAAAUUUAAACUGAAGGCUACAAUUUUCAAAAAAAAAAAAAUUGUUUUAUAAUGAUUUUAUAAUAAAGAACAACAGAUUAGACUUAAUCUGAUAGUGAUUUAGAGGCAGACAACGAAUACAAAAUACGCAAAAGUGACAAAAUCGCAGUUUUAUCACUGCGCAUUUAUACACUUUAAUCCUUUUGAAAAACCAUGGGAGCUAAGGAAUCUAAACAACUAAUUAGUUUCGAUGAUGCUGUAAAAAGAGUUACGGAAUCAGAGCUUCGACGUUUGAAAGAUGCAUUCAAAAAGUCGGCUGGAGUUGGCCGUUUAUAUUUAAGUCGAAAUUCCUUUCAACAAGAUGUACUUUGCGAAGGUGUGCCUCCUAAUAUAACCGAUUUAUUAUAUAGUGCAUGCGGUGGUUCUGCUAAAGGUAUAUCAUUUAAAGAUCUGCUAUGUGGACUUGUAUUACUUACCCGCGGUACCGAAGAUGAAAAAGUUAGAUUUCUAUGGAAUUUAUACUGUAAUGAUGCUGGCACUUAUAUUAUAAAAUCAGAAUAUAUAAAAAAUGUCAAUCUUCAUCCAUUUGAAAGUGUUUCAUUAUUUGCCCAAAAUGAUCGCAUAAAUUUCGACCAAUAUCACGACUGGAUAUUGCAACAUAAAAGUUCAACAAUAUUAUCGAAAUGGCUUUUAUCAUCAGAUACAUGCAUUAAUUUAACGUCAGAACUAGAAACGCCGACUUUUUAUCAAAGUUUGGCCGGCGUGACACAUUUGGAAGAAAAAGAUAUAAGCGAUUUGGAAAAGGAAUUUUGGCAAUUAAAGAAUGACUCACCUAAUGGACAACUUGAUUUGCAAUUAUUAGCUCCACUAUUAAGCCCACCAAUCCCAAAAAAUGCUUUAAUAGGUCUUUUUAAUGCUUUUGACGAAAAUCGAGAUGGUCACAUUGAUUUUAAAGAACUUUGUUGUGGCGUAAGUGCAGCAUGUAGAGGACCAACAGUUGAAAGAACGAGAUUCUGUUAUAAGAUCUUCGAUAUAGACCAGGAUGGCUCAUUAAAUCAUGAGGAAACUAUACAAAUGAUUAAUGUACUUAUUUUCGUUGCAAAAGAAAAUCGUAAUUCUAAUAUUUAUAAAGACUUAAAGAAGCAGGAUGUUAUUAGUGAUUUACUAAGUUUUAAAACAAGAAAAAGUGAAGAAGACAAAACUAAAUUGGAACCAUGUGUAUCAAAUAAAGAUAAUAUCUUAUUGACAGCUGAAGACUUUAUGAUGUGGAGUGUAGAGAGUAAUUCAAAACUUGUACAGCCUUUCUUAGAUCUAAUUUUUGAAGUGUGUCAUAUCGUUUUUGGACUCUGGCCUCAAUGCAGACAUAUGGAAUAUGAUAUUGUGCGCGGGUGGUUAAAAAGAGAAGAAAAACGGCAAUAUUCUGUGGGGCAAUUUUGGUAUUUAAUAUCUAGAGAAUGGUGGAUGUCAUGGAUGCAAUAUUCGCAAAAUACAUCUACACCAUGCGAUUAUUGCAAGAAAACGAUAAGUCAACGUAACUCUAAUGUUGGGGUAGUAGAUGAAGCCCUUAUAUGUGAUGAAAGUUUUAAUUCAAACUAUUUAGAUAUAUCAGGUGAUGCCGUAACUAUAAUAGAUAAUUGCAGCAUUGGCUCAGUUAGCAGUGGUGUAUCUACAGGACAAUAUGGGCGAAGGCCAGGACCAAUCGAUAACACUAAUCUUAUAACACCAAACCCAUAUAAAAAUGUGCGAACAUUAACUGGUGAGGGUGGUCAUCUAAAACGUGAUACUCCCCUAGUACAAAAUCAUGACUUUGAAUUGGUUCCCAAAUCUUUAUGGAAAGCAUUAAAUCGUUGGUAUGGACAUAAUUUGCCUCUACCAAGACAAGUGAUUCAACCACCAAAUUCAACAAGCGUGGAAUUAGAAUUAUACCCUUUAAAUUUACGCAUACUAUUGCAUCAGAGUAUGCCUAAUAAUGCAACAGUCAAUAGUUGGGGAGCAGUUUCAGAUAAUUAUGUAGGUGGUUAUGGUGUGAUGGCUUCUGGCGGAGGUUAUGCUGCAAUUUCAGCAUCUAACGUUUUGCAGCCACCAAAACGUUAUUUGGCGUACACUGCUGCCUUUAGUCGUCUAGCGACUAUAAGGCAAAUCGGCGAAUUCUUAUGCGUACAAUUGAGACUAAGACCGGACGAUGUACGAUUAUGGCACAUUCCUGCAGGUUCAUUGGAAAAUAGCGCAAUACUACUUGAAGAAGAUAAUAUGACACUCAAAGAAUUGGUUAUCAAAGAUAACGAUCAAAUAUUGCUCGAAAUACGUAAUAAAGAUUUAACUUGGCCGGAGGAACUAGGAUCAUUGACACUUAAUCAAAAUAGUACUGUAAAUGAUCGUCGAUUAACGCGUACGUCUAUUAUGUCUGUACAUGCACCUGGUGCUACAGGAUUGCAUAACUUGGGUAAUACAUGCUUUAUGAAUGCAGCGUUACAAGUAUUAUUUAAUACACAGCCAUUAGCGCAGUAUUUUCAUCGGGAUAUGCAUAUGUUUGAAAUAAACAGAGAAAAUAAACUAGGCACACGUGGACAGUUAGCCACACGAUAUGGCGAAUUGUUAAAAGAAGUAUGGACAGCAACUACACGUUCAGUGGCACCACUUAAGCUUCGUAUAUGUGUUACCAAGCAUGCAUCCCAGUUUGCUGGUGGUGGUCAACAUGAUUCUCAAGAGUUGCUUGAAUGGUUCCUGGAUGCAUUGCAUGAAGACUUAAAUCGUGUAAUGGAUAAAACAUAUAGUGAAUUAAAGGAUUCAAAUGGACGCUCAGACAAAAUUGUUGCGGCGGAAGCAUGGGCUCAACAUCAUGCACGUAAUCAAUCUAUUAUUAUUGAUUUAUUCUAUGGACAGCUUAAAUCAAAAGUAAGCUGUUUGGGUUGUGGAAAGGAAUCAGUGCGUUUUGAUCCAUUUAGUUUAUUGAGUUUACCCUUACCAGUAGAAAAUUUUAUCUACUUUGAAGUACUUGUAAUAUUAUUAGACGGAUCUGUGCCUAUCAAAUAUGGUUUGCGUUUAAAUUCCGAAUCAAAAUAUAUAGAACUGAAACGAAAACUUGCCACUUUGAGUUAUUUAAAUCCUAACUAUAUGCUUGUUUGUGAAAUUUGGAAUUCACAAAUAAGACAAAUACUUGCUGAUGAUCAAAAAAUAAAACCAGCUACCGCAAAAGAACUGUAUGUGUAUCAGUUACCGGAAGAGUGUAACUAUAGAUCACGUUCAAGUUCUACAUUGGGUAUAAGUAUUGAAAAAGGACUUAAGGAUAUACAACGAAGUUCUGCUCUUAUAAGUGGUCAAGAUUCCUUGAGUUCACUUAAUACUUCAUUUAACAAUAUAAAUCAAACUCAACCUACAAGCAAUUUUGCCUCACAGUAUAAAACGCAUAUGAGUUUUGAAGACGGUGCCAACGGUGCUACGUGUCAAUUAGAUGAUGAUGAAGAUGACGAAGAUGACGAACAAGUAUCAACGAAGCAAACACCCGAUCUAAGUCGUAGUCCCGAAAACACUUUUGUAAGUGGGACACAGAAAAGCGUCUCAUCAGCAAAAUUAUUGCAUGGUGAAAGCGUUACAUGUUCCUCUUCAUUAACACAUCAUUCCGGUGAAAAUUCAAUGGAAAGUUCCACAACUGAAACGUUACCCAUUGAUCCUAUGGUAUCCAUGUGUGAUAAUGAUAAUCGAUUGAAUAAUGCAACUAGCAAACUGAAUUCAACUGAAUUUUCAAAUGAAAGCACGGAUUACAGUAAAAACUUUGGGCGAACGUAUAAAGAAAGUUCGUUCAGAGAUAACAGUGGUAACAGCAGCAUUGGUGUGAAUGAGAACGAAAUAAUACAAGGCCAAAUAAGCAAUAAUUGUAUACAAACUGAAAGCAUUUGUAAUGGAAUCUUCUCGCGCGUUCCAUCGCAACACUAUAAAGUAGGAAAGUAUUUGGUAGCAGUCCAUCGAAAAAUAACACGACAAGAUAGUUACUUUUUAUCGUAUCACAAAACGCGUCCAAGUCUUUUUGGUGUUCCUUUGUUGAUACCAAACAGUAAUGGCGGUACACAUAAGGAUUUGUAUUGCGCAGUGUGGCUACAAGUAAGCCGGUUAUUAAGUCCUUUGCCAGCUUCCACGGAUCAAGCAAAUCAUGCUGCUGAUUGUGAUGACAGCCUAGGUUACGAUUUUCCAUUUACGUUACGUGCUGUUAAAAAGGACGGUUUGACUUGCGCUUUAUGUGGUUGGUCUGACUUCUGUCGAGGCUGUGAAAUACCAUGCAAUAACGAUUACUUACUACAGGGUUUCGUUGUUUCGGGCAGUCCCAAUACAAGCAAUUCAUCAACUCCCAAAAUGACAUCUAAAUAUUCAUCU